AUGAAACCUGGGACAACAACCCUUCUCACCAAGGCCGCCACAACGAGUCGGAUAAUAUGUCCUGCCCAGGCCUCACGACAUCAGCACUUCAGAUAUGAAAUAUCCAAGAAGCAGCAGACACGAGAAAUAUGUUCCUCGACGACAAGCAUACCGCGGCGACCCACGUUUAUAACAUCUGUUCCGAGGUCUGCAGGGGCGACACAAAGCAGACCAUUUCACGCAACCUCAAAUCUUCAAGCCACGAAGAAUCCAUACGAUGUCCUCGGCGUUAGUAAAGGAGCUUCGGCUGCUGAGAUCAAGAAAGCAUACUAUGGUUUGGCAAAAAAGUUUCAUCCGGAUACAAACAAGGACCCAACAGCGAAGGACAAGUUUGCAGAAGCACAAUCUUCAUAUGAGCUGUUAACAGAUCCGCAAAAGAAGGCGGCAUGGGAUCAAUUCGGCGCAGCGGCCUUUGACCAAGGCGGCGGAGCUGGCCCGAGUCCAGGUGGUGACCCCUUUGCUGGAGGCAAUCCUUUUGCUGGCGCCGGAGGCGCUGGGGGCUUUCCAGGUGGCUUUGGAGGAGGUUUUGGGGCCGACUUUAAUUUUGAGGACUUGUUCAGGGGCUUUACUGGUAGCGGCCGAAGAGCUCGUGGUGGGGGUCGAAGUCCUUUCCAACAGGAAGAGAUUCUGGUUGGGGAUAGUAUUGAGGUGCAAACAACGGUUUCGUUUAUGGAGGCUGCCAAGGGAACGAGCAAAACGAUAACGAUAACGCCUCUGACUACCUGUAAGACAUGUUCUGGGAAUGGAUUGAAGUCAGGAGUCAAGCGCUCAGAAUGCAAAUCAUGUGGGGGAACUGGGACACGGGUCCACUUUAUGUCGGGAGGAUUUCAGAUGGCAUCUUCUUGCGGCGUUUGCGGUGGUCAAGGGGUGACAACUCCUAAGGGAGGAGAAUGCCGGACUUGCUCAGGCAAUGGAGUUGUGAGGGAGAGAAAAACUAUUAAGGUGGAUAUACCCGGAGGGAUAGAAGAUGGCAUGCGUCUACAGAUAGAACGUGAGGGUGAUGCGCCUGCAACUGGCGCGGCUACAAAUCCGGGCGCUAGAUCUCAUCGGGGGGAUCUUUACGUUCUGGUGAGAGUUGCUACAGAUCCCAAGUUCAGCCGUUCUGGAUCCGACAUAUUAUAUACCGCCACAAUACCCCUGACAACCGCUCUGCUUGGUGGAGAGGUCAAAAUACCUACUUUGGAUGGCGAAGUUAACGUCAAGAUUGCUACAGGCACUGGGACAGGAGACAAGAUCACGCUUGGUGGUAAGGGUAUGAAGAAGUUACAAAGAAGAAGAGGCGAAUCCGGAGAUCUUAAGGUUGAAUUCAAGGUUUCCAUGCCGAAGUAUCUCAGCGCCAACCAACGAACGAUUAUCGAAAUGCUUGCAGACGAGUUCGAUGACAAAACCGCCAAAAGGAUCAUGAACGUGGAAAAGGCCAGCUCUUCAAGUGCUAAGUCCUCAUCCUCAUCUUCCAAGGACGAAGGAUUCUUAGGGUCUGUUUGGCACAAGCUAACGGGCCACCCGAAAGAUGGAACUAGCGAAAACAAUACUUCCUCAGAAGAUACUUCCGCAAAAGACUCAAAGGAUGGAAAAUCUAAAGACGACAAUGAAGCCAAGAAGGAUUCCGGGACGGGGUCUUAA